AUGUUCUCCAAGAACCACCGAAGGCUCGUCUGUCGCACAGUCGCGCGUCGACGCUUUCUUUUCUUUGUCCUCGCCGUCCUGUCCUUCGUCCUGUAUCACAAUGUCCCCCUUCUCCAGGGAAAGAAGCAGAAUCACGCAGGUCGUCGAACACCCACAUACGACGUCGAUGAGGUGCCGCAUUUUCUUCACCGUUCGUCCUUUCGCGUCGAUCCGGAUCUGGAGUACGAAGAGCGCGUGUGCGAGGCUUUGCGCAAUAUCGAAAGAGCCGUCUUGCAUGAGAAUGGAGGGGAUUAUUCCGCACGCGACAGGAUCUGGCAGAUCAUGUUGGGGAAGAAGCGUGAGAGGAGCGAGGAUUCGUUGGCGUUUGAGGAUGUGAAUGACGAGUGGGAGUAUUCAUUGGUCACCACCGACACGGCCAACGCCUUCAUCAACAACGUCUUCUUAACCGUCCCCGACCUCAAAGACCUCUACACCUCCUACCCCCUCGAGGUCCUCCGCGCAGACCUCCUCCGCUACCUCCUCCUCUGGUACCACGGCGGCUUCUACGCAGACACAGACGUGUACCCCCGCCGCUCGAUCAAGGACUGUCCAUCGCUGGUACCCGUCCUGCCUCGUCCAGACCACCCGGCGAACAACAUCUCCCUCGUCGUCGGCAUCGAACUCGACGAACCCAAGGCCUCAUCCCACCUCAUGCGCCAAUGGCGCUGGACCCGCCGCUACGGCUUCAUCCAAUACACGCUCUACGCACCUCGUCGCUUCUCCCCUAUUCUCCGCGAAACCAUCGUUCGAGUCCUCUCGCACACCCGUCAGCAUCUGCACCGCCGCAUCCCCCUACCCUGGUCCCCGCGCUACACCGAGAACGCCAUCCUCGAGAUAAGCGGCCCGGGAGUCUUCACAGACGCUGUACUCGACACGUUGUCAGCUACAUUGCCCGCGUCAAAUCGUCUAGUCCAGCAAUCCGUCGGCGCGGACCUGGGGAUCGGCGAUCUAGCACUACGACGAUCAGGCGUGACACAGCGCCGGGUCACCUGGGCGCCGUUCUUCAGGAUCCAGGACCCCGUUUGUGUGGAUGCGAGCGAGGCGUCAAGUGUGCAGGAAGAGCCGAUGGGUGGGCUUUGCGUGCUGCCGGUUAAUGCGUGGGGGAAUGGGCAGAGACAUAGUGGAUCGGAGAAUUUUGGGAGUCAGCAUGCGUGCGUGAAUCAUCGGUUCAAGGGGAGUUGGAAACCGUGGAAGAUGUCUUGGAGGGAGUAUCUGUUUGGGUAG